AUGGCCGCUGUAUACAGACCCACCGAAGUCAUCUCGCUGCUCCGCCCGUCUCUGCUCCUCCCGCGCAUCCACCCGAGAAGAGCACCCGUCGGCCGUGCAGCCUUCUCCGCAUCGCGCAAUGCGCCAGCCACGCACAGCUCGCUCAACACCCCGUCAGCACCCCCGCCACGGAAAUCAAUCACCUUGACGGGCGACACGGGGCAGGUGCGAUGGUCUGAGCUGUCGCCGGGGGAGAAGGCGGUGCGGACGACGCAGCAGAGCUUCAACAUGGUCGUGGUCGUCGUCGGGAUAGUAGCGACGGCCGGCGUGGGCUACGUCCUCUUCAGCGACGUCUUCAGCCCCGACUCCAAAACCGCCCACUUCAACCGCGCCACCACGCGCAUCCGCGACGACGCCCGCUGUCAGAAGCUGCUCGGCGAAGGUUCACAGAUCGCUGCAUACGGCGAACCUUCCUUCUCGCGCAACGCCCGCAACCGCUUCAUCACUAGCACCGAGGACACAGACAAGUGGGGUACCGACCACCUGCGUUUUAGAUUUUAUGUCGAGGGGCCGCUGGGGCAGGGUGUCGUGAAUGUGCAUCUUGUGAAGAGGCCGAGCCAGAACGAGUAUGAGUAUGCCGAGUUAGCUGUUGAUGUCAAGGGGCAUCAAAGGAUUGAUCUCGUGGCUGAUGAGAAGAAAGACAAGGUUGCCCCUAAGAUUUUCGGGGCGCGCUGGUGGUGAGGAUGUGUGACGUAUAUACCCAUCUCCAAUUCAGACAGUCUUCAUACUAGACAAGUUCUGACUUGAAACUAUCCAUUACUUCAC